AUGGCGGCGGCAGGGAAAAAGAUUUUCCGGUUCAUUUUCCGUUCAUUUUUCCCGACGCCACCACCAUCUUCGACCUGCCGCUUUCAACCAACUCCUCCUCCCGGCCGCUGUCAAGCUCCGGAUUUGUUGAAAUCAAUGGCAGAGUCGGAGCGAAGACAAUAUGCCUUUUCCAUCUAUCUGAUGCUGUUUCAAAUGUCUGUAGUGGGCGUGGCUUGGAAAACGUCGGCAGGUGAUAGGAUGAUGGAGUUUGCAGUUCUUCUCCUCCAGAAGACAGAGGUUGGUCCAAAGGAAGAUGAGCCCAACCCAUUUCGCUAA